AACCAGCGGCUUUGAAAAGCAGAGGGAACCACGGCCGAGGACCACCAUUGCCUACAAAUUGGAGAGCUCAAUCUGCAGCGACUCAACCCUCCCCUGUUUGGGCUUCCAGACUGAAUGCUGGUGAUCGUAACUCAUGAGGCUCGUUAAACGAGCUCGUUUUUGUCAUUAGCUAUUGGUGCUGUUAUAUUAGCCGUUAGUAGAGGAUCAGGACUUGACAUCACACAACAGAAUCCGAGCUCCCAAGGUCCAAACUUGCGGAUUGUGGGGGCCACCACGCCCACGGCUGCAUCAAUGGUGUUGAAGAAAUUUCUCCAUUGUCGGGGAUUGAGGACUAGGGUUUUAAGUUUUGACAAAGUUUUCUGCUUCGCCAUUGACGAGGAUGUUCUUCUAUCGCUGUUUUUCUGAGCGCAGAUGCGCAGAACUCUCAACGGAAUUUGCUUCAGAGACGCAGCCAGGUGGGACAAGCAGAAGGAAAAGGCCGGCAAAUUGUCCUGUUUAUUGAAGGCUUUUUUUGGCAGGAGAUAUAAGUUCCAGUGUCUGUGACAAUGGAAGAUCAUCAAGGAAAUUUGUCACCUUCGUCAUCUUCCUCAUCUUCUUCAUCCUCUUCCUCCUCACCCAACCAACAGCCCUUGUCAAUUGAUGAGGAACUUUGGCAGAUAGGUGAAGAAAGGGCCCAGGAGAUACUAUACAUCAUUCAGCCAAAUGUCGUUUCUGAGAUGCGGCGAAAGGAAGUUGCUGAGUAUGUUCAGAGUCUGAUUAGAGGCUGCUAUGGGGCAGAGGUCUUCCCAUUUGGCUCAGUCCCACUAAAAACCUAUCUUCCUGAUGGAGAUAUUGACUUGACUACUCUCUGUCAAGAGAAUGAAGGAGAUUUAGCUAAAGCUGUUUGCAAUAUACUUGAAAGUUUAGAGGACUCUGAAUAUCAAGUAAAAGACAUACAAUAUAUACGUGCACAGGUCCCAGUCGUGAAAUGCACUGUGAAAAAUAUAGCCGUUGACAUUUCUUUUAAUCAGAUUGCAGGACUCAGUACCCUGUGUUUUCUGGAGAAGGUUGAUGAGCUUGUUGGGAAAAACCAUCUUUUCAAACGUGGAGUUAUCUUGAUCAAAGCCUGGUGCUAUUAUGAGAGCCGAAUUCUUGGUGCACACCAUGGCCUGAUAUCAACAUAUGCUGUCGAGACAUUAGUCUUGUAUAUUAUGAAUCUUUUUCAUUCAUCUGUUCGUGGUCCUUUAGAGGUGCUGUAUAAAUUCUUGGACUAUUAUAGCUCGUUUGAUUGGGACAGCUAUUGUCUUAGUAUAAAUGGCCCAGUAGCCAUAUCUUCCCUUCCAGAAAUUGUUGAGACGCCAGACUGUGGUUGGGAUGACUUGCUGCUCAGUAAGGAGUUUCUGCAAAAUUGCAGAGAUAUGUUCUCUGUUCCUGCGAGGGUAUGUGAAACUGCGGCUCAGGAAUUUCCUAUUAAGCAUUUGAACAUUUUAGAUCCUCUAAGAAGCAACAACAAUCUGGGCCGUAGCGUCAGCAGAGGAAAUUUCCAUCGAAUAAGAUUUGCACUUUCCUUUGGUGCUAGAAAGCUUAGGGAAAUCCUUACACUUCCAGGGGAAAACAUGGGUGCAGCUCUUGAGAAGUUUUUCAUGAACACUCUGGAUAGAAAUGGGAAAGGACAAAGACCAGAUGUUCCAGUUCCUGUUCCUGCAUUUGGAACUGGGAGAUCCGAAGUGUCCGUCCUCAGUGGAGAUUAUAACAGUUAUUAUGGUGGCCUACAAUAUAGUCAAUUGUAUCACAAUUAUAGCAUUCCAUUUGCCACCCAUCAAAUUUUACCAUCAUCACCUUCUCAAGCUGAUGUUGCCCAUCAAAUUUUUCCAUCAUCGCCCGCUCAAGCGGAUGUCCAUGCACUGUCAAGCCAACAGACUUGGGGUAUGGUUUACCAAUUAGGUAAUGAUUUAUACGUACCAAUACAGACAUUCUACCAUCCAAAUGCUUCACAGCAAUUUGAAGCAACUUUCAGUGCUGAAGAGAAGGGGAAGUCUCGAGGAACAGGCACAUACAUACCCGACACGCUACAUACAUAUAAUUCCUACUACAAGGAUAAGCAUACGAAAGUAUUCAGGCAGAGAGGAUCUACUUCUGCAGAUGCUAAUAUACUGCCAAAAUCACACCAGAAGGAGGAACUAUUGCAGAUUCAAUCCGAGACAGACGUGAAUUUUGAUUCAAGGCCCUUCAAAAUCACAACUGAAGAAUUCCCUCUUCUUUCAAACUUUCAAAUGACCAGCUCCCCAUCUGAAGCCCAAGGCUCUGUUCAGUUAAACCCUGAAUCCGAACAACCCAGAAGUUCCUCUUCCUUACUGAAUAUUGAUUUUGGAACAUACAGUUCUGACAAGCCACUGAUAAAACCACCUUUGCCUGGAAAACAUGAUAAGCCAGAACCUGCAGUUUCGGCAACUCUGGGAUCUCUGUUGGGUGUCCCAAAGAUGGACAUGAACAGGAAAGAGAAAAUUGCUGAGGAGAUGAAUUGACAAUCUCUAAACUGCAAUAAUAGUCAUUUUGUAGGAUUUUAGGAUAAUGUCAAACAAUGGCAAGUCCUAAUGUGUUUGAUACUAUUAGUGUAUGCAGAGUUAGAUACUAAUGGUAUAGUUGUGACAGACUUAACAGCUGAGGAACUGUCCUGACUUGAGGCCCUUGCCUCUUCCGCUCGGAUUAUUUAGAUAGCCAAUAUAUGCCCCAUCUCCUCUCCGGUGGGAGAAGACUUGGCUAUUUCACUUAGGACUGUUUUGCAUUUAUUUUCUUUUCUUGAGUCGAAAGAAAUUUGUACAUGACUCUUAACAUAUAUAAUAGUCAAUCACCUAGAGCAUAUGGGGUUCAUUCUUGUAUGAAUAGCCUA